AUGGGAGGAAAUCCCUUAAGGCGCAACCAAAGCCUCCAUUGCCAAUACCACCAAGUGCGGGGGCAUACCACCGAGAACUACAAAACUCUAUGGAACCAUCUGGAGCAACUAGUUAAAAAGAGAAGGUUACAACAGUUUUUAUAUCGGCCUAACAGGCAAGGAGACCAAUUAAGGUCAGGGGCUCAAGGGAAUGCUUCUUUAAGACCCCUAUUAGGCACAAUUAAUGUCAUCUUUGCUGCACCUGAGAGAACUGGUUCUUAUCUUUCUAGGGUGAUGUCUGUAGCUCGGCUACCAGCCGAGGACUCUAAUUCUAAGCCAAAGAAGGCUAGAGUGGAGAUCCGACUGGCGUUGAGUUUUUCGGACAAAGAUAAGAUUGGAACCAUCCAGCCACAUGAUGAUGCUUUAGUGGUCACCCUCAGAAUAGGAGGGUAUGAUGUAAAAAGGGCGAUGGUAGACCAAGGCAGUGAUAUAAAGAUUAUGUACCCUGAUUUGUAUAGAGGGCUAAACUUAAAGCCUGAGGAUCUGAUAGCCUAUGAUUCACCUUUGGUAAGUUUUGAUGGGAAAGUUGUCAUCCCAAAGAGUUAG